CUGCAAGAAACGCCCUGCGGAGACGCGCACAGCACAGAUACACCAUGGUUUAGUUAUUAGGUUACACAGCUGCUGCACUUAUUUGCCGGCAGGCCACUGUACCCUAAAGCAUUUGAGCCUAGAAAACAAGUCUUUACUUAAAUAAGGACCAGUCGUUUCCGGACAGUCAGAUUUGAUGCUGUCUUUGCACCGCUAGUAUCUGGACGGGUUCACACAGGCUCCAGUGCGACCACCUGCGCUUGAAACCUUCAAAGGCGGUGGCUGCUCAGGCGUGCGGAGCGGCAAGAAAAAAAAAAAACAAAACAAGAAGCGGAGACUCUGAGCAUCUGUGCAACUACACCCCGAGAAACCUCACAGCUGCCCCCGCCUGCUAUAGGCAUGUCGACCGCCGGAGAAGUGCCAGCCUUCUUCAAGAACAUGGGCCCUGACAGCCCCGCCAGGCCGAGGCAGCAAUUCUGUGGCAUGUUCUGCCCGGUGGAAGGCUCCUCGGACAGCAAGACGCUGGACUUUGAUGCACUCUCGGCGUGCAGGGGCAGGAGUGCCGGGCGAGUCAUUGACCGGCAGACCGACAUCUCCCAGCCGAAGAAGGUGGAGAUAAGGGAAAGCACGGGGAAAGAAGCUCUACAGAAUCUGGAUGAUAAAAGGAGUGACCGUCUGCUGAUCAAAGGAGCAAAGAUUGUGAAUGAUGACCAGUCCUUCUGUGCGGACCUCUAUAUGGAGGAUGGAGUUAUCAAACAAAUUGGGGAAAACCUCAUUGUGCCUGGUGGAGUAAAAACUAUUGAUGCCCAUGGCCGCAUGUUGAUGCCGGGUGGCAUCGACGUGCACACGCGUUUCCAGAUGCCUGAUCGAGGUAUGACGUCUGCUGAUGACUUCUAUCAGGGCACCAAAGCUGCACUGGCCGGAGGCACCACCAUGAUCAUCGACCAUGUGGUACCUGAGCCUGGAGUCAGCCUCAUCUCAGCCUUGGAGCAGUGGCAUGAAUGGGCCGACGGCAAGUCCUGUUGUGACUACUCGCUGCACGUCGACAUCACUGAGUGGCACAAAGGUGUCCAGGAAGAGAUGGAGACACUUGUGAAGGAUCACGGUGUCAACUCUUUCCAGGUCUACCUGGCUUAUAAGGAUGUUUUCCAGCUUACUGACUCGCAGUUGUACGAGGUGUUCAGUGUGAUCCGCGAUCUGGGAGCCAUCGCCCAGGUGCACGCUGAGAAUGGAGACAUUGUAGCUGAGGAGCAGCGCAGGAUCCUGGAACAGGGGAUCACUGGGCCUGAAGGACACGUGCUGAGCCACCCUGAGGAGGUAGAGGCGGAGGCAGUAAACCGCUCUGUGACUGUGGCCAAUCAGACCAACUGCCCCCUGUACGUAACGAAGGUGAUGAGCAAGAGUGCUGCUGAUGUCAUCGCUCAGGCCAGGAAGAAAGGAACUGUGGUCUAUGGAGAGCCAAUCACUGCAAGCCUGGGAACAGACGGCUCGCACUACUGGAGCAAGAACUGGGCCAAGGCAGCUGCGUACGUCACCUCCCCUCCCCUGAGCCCCGACCCAACCACACCAGACUAUCUCAGCUCCCUGCUUUCCUGUGGUGACCUGCAGGUGACAGGAAGCGCACACUGUCCCUUCAACACUGCCCAGCGAGCUGUGGGCAAAGAUGACUUCACCUUGAUUCCAGAGGGAGUCAAUGGCACCGAGGAGAGGAUGUCCAUCAUCUGGGACAAGUGUGUGGUGACCGGUAAGAUGGAUGAAAACCAGUUUGUGGCAGUGACCAGCACCAACGCUGCCAAGAUCUUCAACCUGUACCCCCGCAAGGGUCGUAUCGCUGUGGGCUCAGACGCUGAUCUGGUGCUGUGGGACCCGGACAUCAUGAAGAUCAUCUCUGCCAAGAGCCACAACUCGACUGUGGAGUACAACAUCUUUGAAGGCACAGAGGUGCGUGGCGGGCCUCUGGUGGUGAUCAGCCAGGGCAAGAUGGUCUUGGAGGACGGGAACCUCCACACCACCGAGGGCUCAGGACGCUAUAUUGCCCGCAAACCCUUCCCUGACCAUGUCUAUAAGAGGAUAAAGGCUCGCAGCAGGCUGGCUGAGCUGAGGGGUGUGCCCAGAGGACUGUACGACGGUCCAGUCUGUGAAGUGUCAGUCACCCCUAAAACCAUGACUCCUGCCACCUCUGCAAAGACAUCACCUGCCAAGCAGCCCAACCAGCCAGUCCGUAACCUGCACCAGUCUGGCUUCAGCCUGUCCGGUGCUCAGAUUGACGACAAUGUUCCUCGCCGGAACACCCAGCGCAUCGUGGCGCCUCCUGGCGGCAGGGCCAACAUCACCAGCCUGGGUUAGAGCGCCACCCUCAGCUGCUGAGGAGGAAAUGAAGAUUUGUGAGGGAGGAUGGCUGAGGGGUCGACAAGCCACAUCACAACACCGUGGAGCCGAACCCUUUGCAGCACCUGACGGGGCCAUCUGUCAGCCUCCAUCUUACACCUCCUCUGUUGCCGCUUUUUCACAUAUCCACUCUCCUCUUCCCCAAAACCUGAUCAUUCAGCAUACAUCUAAAAAAAAGUUCUGCCUCAUAUGAUGAAAACACUCCUUAUUUGAGCACUUUUGACUGCAUUAUUUAGUUUUUUAUACUGUACUUUCUCUCUGCCCUGUAUUUUAAUGUUUUAUUUUACUGUUGUUUUAAAAGAGGAGUCAACUGAGACUAAACUAACACAAUGAAGAAAAUGCAGGAUGUCCAUUGUAUUUAUAUUCUUUUUGUUCAUUUCAAGAGUAGUUUAAAUGGAACAUGGGUACAAAACCAGUAUUGUUUUCUUCUGUUUUUGUAUUUACUUAGGUCAAACUGUAGGUUGGUUGAAGUUGAACAGUCUUAGUUUAUUCAGUUGACAAGAAUCAUAUACUUCCUUCCAAGUGUUGACUAUUUGUGAUAUGUAUUAUGUUACAUUUCGAUUGCUUCACUUUCCAGUGUAUCGGCCUCUGUUACACACUGCUACAAUCAUUGUUUAAUAGGUUAUUUACCAUGAGGAUGAACACCACAGCAGUCUUUUAUUAGGGUUAUAGACUCUCGCUGCACUGACUCUCAUUUUUUCCCCACCUGUGGCUUUGCUAAGGGACAUUAGUAAAAAAAACAUAUUCCAUAUUUGGCAGCUGCCUUACAGCUUGUGAAUUGGCGGGAAAGUCUUGUGGUGAAGAGGGAGCUUUGGCAGGUAGUAAAAAGAGCGUUAUGCCUCAUCUCUGAGCAUUAAGCUGUGGUGAAGAGGUAGAGCUGAAGGAAAGGUUUAGAGGAAGAAGAGAAAGUAGUUCUCGCUGCCAUGGCAAACUCAACCUUUCCUUGCCUUACUGCUUCCUAACGCCAUCCUCCUAGAGAAUUUUUAGUUCAGGGAUGGUGCCAUUCACUACAUAGGUACACUGUUUAUACUUUGUUCACAUUCCUGUCUGGAUUUUUUGAUUGACAGUUGCUGGUGAAGCAUCUGAUAACUGUCGCCAACCAUGCAGUGCAUUUUCAUACAGAGUGUUUCUCUUUCUCCUAGUGUGACUGUUUCAUACUCAUCAAAAUCCUCCUUUCCUUCUACUCUUUAUGUGCCUGAACCCACAGAAGUUGUACUGAUAGUUUGAUUCUUUUGUGUUUAGUUAUCCUUAUUGAGGUAAAUGAAGGAUGUAAGGUAAAAAGAUGUAAAAUAGCCAGGAUUAACCGAUUCAAAGGUGCCAGAUUUUGCUUUUUCAUUGGGCCUAUUCUGCUGGUAGAGCCCCUGUAAAGACGAAAAAUGCUCGAUAUCUUGAAAUGUUCUAAUGUUUUAGAGUUUUUAACUUGUUGUCAAACUGCUUUUUAGUGUCAUUCUGUAUCUAGGUGCCUAAGGGCUGAGCACUAUUGGUUUACGCUUGAAAGUAGACAUGAGCUAAUGUAUUUCUGACUAAUGUGCAGCAUUGAUGUGUGAGGAAUGGGACACACACGGCAGCGUCCUGUACAGCACCCCCGACUGUUGUGAACGUGACAUUGCUCUGGGCCACGCUGAGCGUUCAUAUGUCCUUGAUCCUUUGAUUUUAUUUUAUUUCAUUUUUUAAACUGACUUUCAUUAAGCCAAGCAAGUGGUUUCCCGUGUUUCCUCUCAUUUCAGUGAGGUCUUAGUUUCUUCACCAUGACUCAACAUGGAGCAACAAGAUCACCCAGACCUGGACAAAGGCCAGCUACAUAUAUCUGUAUAGACUAGUCUGAGCGUUAAUCUAUGGUUAAGUUACUUAAUUAAACUUGUUUAGCUAAGAUUUUCACUUGUGUAAAUCUUGGCACCAGCAAAGUUAGCCAGCUGGUUUAUACUGGUUUGAUUUGCUGGAAAAAAAAACUUAGAAAAAAUCAACUGGACUAGAUUUCUAGGUCGAAGACGUUUCACCUCUCAUCCAAG